UCGCCUAGGUGCGCUAUGGGCAACCAGUUGAGUGUAAACAGCAUCCAGGAUGCGGUCAUCGAUCGCUUCCGCUCGGUGGCUUUGACCACCGAUGCCAACGGCGCUAUGCGCAUCCGUUCGUUCUCGGAGGGCGUGGUGGCCACCACCCACCAUCAUCAGCAUCAGCAGAAUCAGCAGCAGAGUCCGCAUUGCAGUGGACGUGGUGGGCGCAUACUGCGCGAAAGUAGCAUCGAUGGCGGGGUGGCCAUGUUUGAUGCUCUGCUCCGUGAUGAUCAUGAACACCGGCUGAGUUUGGAUGCAGUGCACCGCAUGCGGCAUGUUCGCACCUCCUGCACCACGAUUCCCGAAGAGGAUGCCGUCAGCGAUCGUAGCCUGCAGAUUCACCUCUCCACUCUUGCCCGCGAGCGUGAACUGGAACUUGAGCUUGAGCGGCAACGAGAACUCGAAGAACAAGUCAAACUGGAUGCCAGUAGACAGGUAAUCAGCCCCGACGACUGCGAAGAUCUCAGCCCGAUGCCACAGACAGCAGCUCCACCGGUUCGCAGGCGAGGUGGAAUCUCCGCCGAACCCGUAACCGAAGAGGAUGCCACCAACUAUGUUAAGAAGGUGGUACCCAAGGACUACAAAACGAUGAACGCCCUAUCCAAGGCGAUUGCCAAGAACGUCCUGUUUGCCCACUUGGACGAGAGCGAGCGAUCCGAUAUAUUUGAUGCCAUGUUCCCUGUAAAUCACAUUGCCGGCGAGAAUAUCAUCCAGCAGGGCGAUGAAGGCGACAACUUUUACGUGAUUGAUGUGGGAGAGGUCGAUGUUUUCGUCAACUCCGAACUGGUGACCACCAUCAGCGAGGGCGGAAGCUUUGGUGAACUGGCCCUCAUCUAUGGCACUCCUCGCGCCGCCACCGUGCGUGCCAAAACCGAUGUGAAGCUGUGGGGCAUCGACCGCGACUCCUACCGCCGCAUCCUUAUGGGCUCGACCAUCCGCAAGCGCAAGAUGUAUGAGGAGUUUUUGUCGCGUGUGUCAAUUCUGGAGAGCCUGGACAAAUGGGAGCGCCUCACAGUGGCCGAUUCUCUAGAGACGUGCUCCUUCGAUGACGGUGAGACGAUUGUCAAACAGGGAGCCGCUGGCGAUGAUUUCUACAUCAUCCUCGAGGGCUGUGCGGUGGUUCUGCAGCAGCGUUCUGAGCAGGGCGAGGAUCCCGCCGAGGUGGGCCGUCUCGGUAGCAGCGAUUACUUUGGCGAGAUUGCUCUGCUUUUGGACCGACCCCGUGCGGCGACUGUUGUGGCUCGCGGGCCGCUCAAGUGCGUCAAACUGGACCGGGCGAGAUUUGAACGUGUUUUGGGACCCUGCGCCGACAUACUCAAACGCAACAUCACGCAGUACAACAGUUUUGUAUCGUUGUCCGUUUAAGGCCGCCACAACGACAACUACCACUACAACAAAUCAACAACAAAGAGCAGCAGCAGCAAAGAAAGCAACAACCGACAAAACAAACAGAAACAACAACGCAGCGAACGUGGAAAACCAACAUGAAGACGAUGGGAAAUAGUUGGAUAGAUAAAUAGAAAACAAAACAAGCGCUCAGCAGCAUAAACAUGAAGUCGUAAACUAUAUAAGUGUGUAAAAUUAAUUGUCACAGAGCCAUUGGAUUCUCGAUUCUGUCGCAGAUUCAGAGUGCACGGGGGCUGAGGGCCAACAAAUAUUAAUUAUCCGAUUCUGUAUGUUGUGCUGAAGUUAUAUAAUAGUGUAUGUGUGUGUCUCUGCGUAAAGGUUACGGCGGGAUGUUCCACACCCUGCAACCCCCGAUAUCGGAGAUAGCUUUCCCUGGAUUAAUCUAUUUAAUUCUCUCAACUUCUUUCAAGUUCUUCGGCUAUUUAGACAAGAAAGCCCAUUUGUAUAAUCUAUGGGACCUGCUGCCUCCUCAAAAAACGUUUCAUUAAAUAUCCAACAGACAUCUGAAUGUUUUUUAAAAGAAAAGUAAGAUGAAUAUGUGUGUAAUAACUAAAAUUAUACAAAAAGGCAACACACACACAGGCACAAAACACAGACACACGAACUCAUACACUCUCAUUCGAGGCAUGAAGUCAAUGAAAGAGUAGGAUAUAAAUGAAAUAAUUGUAUUUCGCUUGUAUUCGUUGUUUUUUGUCUUAAACAAACACACAACGGCAGCAAUUAUUGAACCAUUUUAAUUUUAAUUUUAGUAAAUUAUUUUUAAAAGUAAACGCGUAGCACAUGAAGUCAGCGAGCCGUCAACCUUUUAAUUAAAUAUUAAAAUCAGUGAAAAAUUCAUGAUUUUCCCACA